AUGAAAGCGAAACCAUCAAAGAAUAUAUGGAGCUACAUUCCAAAGUGGGCAAUACUAUAUACUACAGCUAUUGUACCCAUUUUUAUUUGUAUUUGCUUCUCUAGUUAUCUUUUAAUUUUCGAUAAUGAUCCUCCAAGAAUGCCGUUACCAUAUACUUCAGUUGAUUGUGCAUCAAUCAAUGUUAAAUCUGUUUCUACAACAGGAUCUCGUAUUACAAUUAAUGUUUCUUAUAGUGAAUUUAAUCAAAUUCCAAAAUCCGCCGGAAUAAGUCUUUUAACCACGUUUUUAACCACUGGCGGAACGAGAUUAGAUAAUAGAAUUAAUAAUUACUACGAUAUGGUUGCAAAUGAUACAGAUGGUUCUUAUGUUGUUUUACAUCCGAUGAUUGGAAACUCUACAUUAGAUAUUUAUUGCGGUAAAAUACAUAUUGGCCAAAAUAACAUUUCAGUUGCCGAAAUAAAUGCGUUUCCAACAGGUUUUUCAAGAUUUUCAUAUCGUGAGUUCCAAAAUGUCGAAAUCUACGAUGCAUGCUUCUUCAAUGAAUCAAUAAUAGUCUUUUCCUUCCCAUCUGCCGCAUUUUCUCAGAUAAAUACCACUUCAAAUUCUUAUAUCAACGUUUCAUUUGCCAGAACACCUUAUUCACCACACAUAAAUGCUAUGAAUCCUACAGAACUACGAAAUGGCAACCCAGGAGCCCCAGAUAUUUACUUUUUGGACGCAAAUCCAACCAAAGCCCAUGAAAUCUUGUUAGAUGUUGUAUUUCCGAUCUGGAUCAGCACUUACUACACUAAAUCCACCCAUAUGCCUGCACUUAUGCUCACCAGCAACCAAGAAAACCUCGUAAACAUCAUCAAAUCCGUUUUUGAUGGUGAAAUUUUCAUGAAAAACCAAAAUGUUUGUUACGGAGAUGGCGUAGUACUUCCCACACGCUCCGGUAUCAAGUAUCUCGUUAACAGGACCAUGUACCAAACGAUUCCUGGCCUUGCAUGGGGCGAAUUCAUGGACCAAAUCACAAGAUUGAAACCUGAAAUAAUUUCUGAAGUAAAACAUCACUUCACCUCCAAGAAAAUGGUUUCUGGACGCAUUUCUGUUCAUCAGAAGUGUUCGUAUGUUCUUCCUGAACUCAAGAAGGCCUUCCCUAAGGCAAAGAUCGAAGUGAUUUCGGAUGAUGAUGAUUUGAGAAUUAUUGCAAAUACAAUUGCAAAAAGUCAAAUGUUUGUAACAGCUUUUGCCGAAGAAUCCAUUUAUUCUGUGUUCAUGAAUGAGAAUGCUACUGUUGCAGAGGUUCUUCCUAUUGGUUUCGAGUGCACACAAUACGCAAAGAGAUACGCAAUGUCGAUGAAUUUGAAUUACGUAGCAUUAGGAAAAAGAAAUGACUAUAAAGGUUGCAGAGAACAUAAUUUAUUCGAAUACUUCGAGGCAAUGGAUAAUAUGACACUGCCGGAAUUGAAACAUGACUACUUGAAAGCAAUUCUUGGAAAGCAUUUGACUUUCUAA